CACGUGUGAAAAUGGAAAACCCAGCUGCUCACCAAUAGAAGAGUGUCCUUCACCAAAGAUAUACGAGCACUGCUCACAUGCAUCUGGAAGUAUGGCAGCGAGAACGUGUGAAGCCCUGCAUAAGCCAAAAAGUGACAUCUGUCAGGUCGGGUGUCGCUGUCCAGAUGGUCAAUACGAAGACAAUUAUGGCGCAUGUGUUACCCAGGAGAAAUGCACUUGCACAUUUGGGGAACAGACAUACAAGCCAGGAGACAAUUUAGAAUUGAAGUGCCACAGUUGCACUUGUACAAAUGGGACGUGGGACUGUAUAUCCCUGCCGUGUCCCGGGAAGUGCCAAGUGUUUGGGAACGGCUACUACCAGACGUUUGACUCCAAGUGGUACCACUUCGACGGGCACUGUCAGUACACGCUGGUUCAGGACAACUGUGAGACAAGCAACAGCACAUUCUCCAUCACCGUGGAGAGCGUUCCCUGCUGUGAUGCCAUGUAUACAUGUUCUCGCACUAUCGUGGUCAACUUCAAGGGUGAAGUCCAACUGAUGUUGCAGGACAUGAAUGUGACAGAGACAAGACGCAACCCUUUGUCUACUGACAUUGUGCCCAUGUACUCUGUCCACACUGUUGGCCUGUACAUCAUCAUCUCUAGCCCAGACAUUGGGAUCGACAUCAUCUGGGACAAGAACACCAGAGUGACCGUCAUACUGCAUGAAAAAUGGAAGGCCUGUAACUCAGUCUUUUGUUCCUAUAUAUUUGUACACACAAACUGUGUUUUUGUUGCUAGGUUUUUAACUUUUACUAUUGGGUAUUUUCUAAGCACUAGUGUUUAUCUCAAUUGGAAUAGCUGAGUAAUAUUCACUAGUAUAUGGUUUAAGCUGG